AUGAGAAUCCAGAAUGAGAACUCGGGGAUAGCCAUUUACUACGAGGAUCCUGUAAAUCUGACAAUCACUUAUUUGCAAUCAACCGUAUCAACCGGCAGCAAUGUUAUCAUCGAACGAUCUACCAUUAAAGGCUUUUAUCAAGGGAAUGGGGAGGUUAAACAUAUCCAAGCAUCUGUGGUCAUUCAAGACUUGUUUUCAAUGAAUGAACAACGAAGGAAACUGGGUGAGGCGCGUGUUUCCCUGUAUGGUCCAGUGAAAGUGAUCGAUUUCGUAGUAGACUUGGAGGCCGACAUAAAGUUCAAGUCGAUUGAGAACAAAAAGUCCCAUCUGAUGGUCGGAUCUGCUGUGGAGGUUAACGACAACACUGGGACAUCUGUUCUAAAGACCAUUCAAAUGAAAUAUGCUUAUGGAUCGAAUAAGUGGGGAGUUCUGCAAUGGCUACUUGCAUUUCCUUUGGUUAUUUUGUUAGAGGUUGUUGUAAAUUCUGCUUUUUUGUUAGCUUUCCAAGUUUUGGUCUUUGUUUCUCUUUGUCAACCUAAUGAUACAGCCGAAAUUUAA